CCUGCGUGGUCUUAAAAUGUAAAAUGGUUGCUUUGGUUGCUUUGUCUUCCAGACACCUCAAUCCUUUCACCACACAUGUCGUUGGGAGAGCAAGAGGAACAACCGAGCGUGUUGAAGAUGAGUAUCAGAUCCCUUCAUCCCACCCGGUGUGCCUAUCCCAUUCCCCAGUCUGCGUCUCCGUCCGGAUCCCUAGCAGAAAUCUGGAGAAUGGCUCCUCGGAGUCCUCUGCAGAGGAAAAGAAGCACAAGCCCUUUGAGUAUGGUGGGCAUUUUGAAUCGGGGGUGUUGCUCUCUGGGGCAGCACGUGCCGCCCUCUGUCCCUUCCACAACAGGACGCCCUCAGACUACGACAUUCUACUUCCCCCUCAAGCACCAGAGGAGCUGUUCAACAACCUGCCUCCCUCACAGCGCUCGCCCCCUGCACUCGUCAGACACAYUUUCACAGGCCUCUCCUCGUCCCCCUCCUGCUCACGAGCUCCCCGGCCUGCCUCCGGACAUGACCAUUUCCUGUUAACCCCCGAUACUGUGUUUGAUAUGCUGAGCGCUGUGGCCCCUCUGCCCCCUGUGAGGAGACAAACGGGGGACAACAUGAAGAGCCCUAUCCGGACAUCACAGUCCCAGGAGUACGACCAGUUACCCCCCACCCAAGUGGACGUAGAUUAUUUGCAGGCACCUGCCAGGCCGCCUAAGCCGCUCCCUCGGAAGACCCCUCCGGACAUCCAUCAGAGGAAGAAUCAUGGGCAGGACUCAGCCAGUGAGAGUACAGACGCCAAAAUCGCCAAACUCAUGGGAGAGGGCUAUUCUUUCGAGGAUGUGAAGAGGGCACUCAUGAUUGCUCAGAACAAAGUGGACGUGGCACGGAACAUUCUCCGAGAGUUUGCCUUAGUGGCCCCUAGACUCAAACUAUAACUCUGAGAAGGGGACCCAAAUAGGAGACAACUUGUGCCUCUGUGUGCGCUGGGGUAGAAGGAAAGGGCUUAUUUUAUCUUGUUAUCCCUCGCUAGCUCGUUCUGACCAAAAAAAGGAGAGUAAGCUUGGAAAACGCUGAUCCGUGGACUGCAUUUUUCCACAGAUCGGGAGUCCAUCCACAACUAUCUGUUCGAAGCUAAAUCAAAUCAGAGAGACAGAGAACAGAGUUUGUCUACCAGCAUGUUAAUCCUGUGAUGGAAAGAAUUCAGGCGAGCUUUGCUAGUGCUGGCCUCUGCGUUACCCUUCUGCUCCUGCCACUACUGCUGCUGAUCCCCCUCCCCACCUGCCCAUCCCCCAGCCUUUCAUAAUCAGCCAAUCAGGGAUGGGAUGUCUGUAACAAACUGUUACAAAAUGUUCUUCUAUGUUUAUUGACGUUGUUGCCUAUGGUCCUUAUUCCAUCUGUCUCAAACAUACCUAAAGACCCGUCCAUCACUCUCAAUCACCUAAUUCUCUCUAUCCUUCUCUCUCCAUCUCUCUGAGAGGUAUACUAGUGUGCAGUCCAGUAAAGAUGGUGUUCCUGGUGCCCUAGCUGAAUUCUCUGUCUUAAUGAGCUGCUGCUGUGGUUGUUGUUGUUGUAGGAAGAGGCUGGGAGAGAGAGAGGCUUUUGAGUGGUGUUAUUGACUCCCAGAAGCUCCCAGGUCCGUAGCAGAGGCACCAUUAGGCCACUCUGGAGGUCCACUAUUGGUUUUUCUAAUUCCUUCCUCCCAGCAACAACCUGGUGAAUAUACAAUAAGCAACGGGGUGGGACAGUAACAUGACCCUUAACGGUUCCUCUCGUCUCAGAACCACAGAUGAAACCAGAUGCAGCCUUGUGUGUUUGUGUGCGUGCAUGUGCAUACGUGUGUGUUUUGUUUUGAUUUCUUCAGUGAAAGACAACCCCACUGAAAGUAUUUGUUAACUUGAGGGGGUACAUGCAUUCCCGAGACAUUCCGCUCAAGGCACAAACCGUUAUUAGUACACUUUUGCUCUCAGAUUAUAGAAAAACGUAUUUUUUUUUUACGUGCCAAAAUUAAGUUAGAUAAUGAUACCACCGAGCCAAUACCUUUGCAUUGACUGGUUCUACAAAUGAAUAUACAUUAUGUGUUGUUAGUUCUUGUUUACAUUUAAAUGGGAGGACUGCUCUUGUGGAUCACAAAUGGAGAGGACAACCACUAUUACACAGAUAAGUCAAUAUUAUUUUGAAAUCCUGUUGUUGCUUAGUUACUGUAUGRCGAAAUAUGUAGACGCAUUCCCACACAACCGGAGACAAACUGUACGUCCUAAUUCCAGGGUGCAUUGCUUUGACACGGGUGUCUUUCAGAGAGAACCUCUGAGCAACUACGCUGCUCCUAAUGUGACUCUUGCGUCAUUAGCCACCGUCAGGGAUUUCAAAGUGCUUCAAGUCGAUAUCAAGAGGAAUGCCACACAAAGCCCAAAAAGACGUGAAUAAAAAAGGAGGCAUUUUCCCUUCACUCCCCCUGUGUCAACUACCUAUUACAGUACCAUCCCUGGCUUUGUCCGUUUCAAUAAAAUAACCGCAUUAUUUCUCCUCUCCUAUUUGAAGCUUUAUUUUGCACUGGUCUAAUUAUUUUUCAUCUUUAAACUUGAAAGUCUCAAAGUGAACAUGUUUUAUUCCAUCUGGCUCGAAAAAAGGAAGGGGGGGGGAGUGAAGUGGCCUUCAUUAGGUUAGAAGUGGUGGUUUUCUCAUUCUGUUUCUCUCUCCUGCCAUGAAUUUUGUUUGAUGAAAAUUCGUUGUGGAACGUGUUAAGCAUUGUGAUGUGUGCAAUUAACUUAGACAUUAUGAAAGCCUUCACUUCAUGAUUAUUGUCAUUGUUCAGUAAUUAAAGUAACCAGUGAUUUGUUUUGUUUA